GGCCGUUCAGAAUGUCGAGGGCGCCAGGAGGCGGGGGAGCAGUCCCUCCCUCCGGCGGACGCGCAGCAGCAGCCGCUGCUGCGGGAGGAGAGGAGGCGGCGCCUGUGUCGGCGCUGGAGGUUGUGUCCUUCCUGGGGAAACUCCUGUGCGCAGUCGCGGCACUGAAGGCGGCUCUCUACCUGCUCCGCAGAGUCUGUCUAACCAUGGCCUGGAAGUCUGGAGGCGCGAGCCACUCGGAGCUCAUCCACAACCUCCGCAAAAACGGAAUAAUCAAAUCGGAUAAAGUAUUUGAAGUAAUGCUUACAACAGACCGAAGCCAUUAUGCAAAAUGCAACCCAUAUAUGGAUUCACCUCAGUCAAUAGGAUUUCAAGCAACAAUCAGUGCUCCACACAUGCAUGCAUAUGCUCUAGAACUACUAUAUGAACAGUUACAUGAAGGAGCCAAAGCCCUUGAUGUAGGAUCUGGAAGUGGUAUUCUUACUUCAUGCUUUGCCCGGAUGGUUGGUGCCAAAGGACAAGUUGUAGGAAUUGAUCAUAUCAAAGAAUUAGUUGAUGACUCAAUAAAUAACGUCAAAAAGGAUGACCCUUUAUUGCUGUCUUCAGGAAGAGUGAAACUAAUUGUGGGAGAUGGAAGAUUGGGAUAUCCAGAAGAAGCUCCAUAUGAUGCUAUUCAUGUUGGAGCUGCUGCACCUGUUGUACCACAAGCACUUAUAGAUCAAUUAAAACCUGGUGGAAGGUUAAUAUUACCUGUUGGGCCUGCUGGAGGAAACCAGAUGCUGGAACAAUAUGAUAAGCUAGAAGAUGGCAGUGUCAAAAUGAAACCUCUGAUGGGAGUGAUAUAUGUGCCUUUAACAGAUAAGGAGAAGCAGUGGUCCAGGUGGAAGUGAUUUUCAGUUCGACUUUCUUCUUCCACAUACUUGCAUAUACAAGGUCUGAUUUCAACAGAGAGAAUAAAAUGUAAAAUGGACUUUGAUAACCUCAGUAGGUUCAGAAAAUAAUGAACUCAAUUUAUUUCCCAGUCAUUAAAAAAUGAAACACAGUUCAGAAAUCUAGAGGAAACAACAGAAAUGAUACAUUCUAAUUUCAACUAAGAUGGAUUUAGAGAAGCAUGUUAUGCUUAUAAAAACUGCUGAGCCAAAUUCUUUAUAUUAGCAUGUAUCAAAAUGUUUAAGUGUGAUUAAAUAUUGUGUGGUCUUCUUCAAACUGA